AUGGGUUUCACCUACGACCCCCAGGUGCAGCUAGCACAACUCUUCCCCUCGGAGUCUUCCUUGGAUAACAUUGAUGAGGUGCUUCUGUAUAUUGACGAACACAAGAAGCAGCUGGCGUUGGCGAUAGAGAAGGAAACUGCCAAAUACGCAUACCCGAUUGAUCUACAAGCAGACAUCGAAACGUUCACACAGUCGUUUUCGGCUGUUAGAGAGAAGUCCAAACAAACUCAGGCAAAGAUUUUGGCCAUGACAUCAAGCAUACAGCGAUUGGAUACCGUCAAGAAGAACUUAGUGAUCUCCAUGAAGGUCUUGAAGCGUCUUCAAAUGCUCGUGAAUGCCUACAACAGCUUGAACGAGGUUGUGAACACAAGAAACUACAAGCAGAUAGCCACAUACUUGGGUGUAGUGAAAGAAUUGCUCGUGUUCUUCAAGCCAUACAGGUCAAUUGACCAGAUAGGGCUAUUGAAUCAGCACAUACAUAAAACCCAAAAUAAGUUAGUGGAUGACGUGUUCAUAGACUUUGAGGACUCCUUCACCAAUAACUUCUCUAAUGAAAAUCUCAUAUACGGCUGUGAGAUCUUGCAGUUGAUUGACGAAAAGUACAAGGACAAGCUCCUUCAGUGGUUCUACAAUCUUCAAUUGAAAGAGAUUCGUUCGAUUUUCUCAUCAACUGAGGAGGCAGGGAACCUUGAUAACCUCAACCGAAGAUAUAUAUUCUUCAAGAACGUCCUAUCGAAUAUUCAGAGCAACUAUCUUCUGGUGUUUCCUCAGCUGUGGAGGGUCGAUUACGAGCUCACAAAGUUGUUUUGCGAGAUGACCUCAUCAGACCUCAAGGUACAGCUUCGAACUGUUACUUCCGCCGAGAUUUUGCUAGACUCUCUUACUAAGUCGCUUGAAUUGGAAAAGUUUCUUAAUGAUACUUUCAAAACUAACGAUUUCGAGAAGGUUAUACUGAAUGUGUUCGAGCCCUAUCUUAUAACGUGGGUCAACGAACAAGAUGGCGUCUUGAACGCCAAGUUCAUGGAGUUCUUCUCGGCGCCAAAGAUUCCACAAGAACUUGUCUCACCUGAGACCCCUGAUGACAUUCUCACCGUUCUCAGAAUUAAUAAUGUACCUAAUUUUGCCAGCUCUUCUUCUGAGUUGUUCAAGCUUUUUCAAAAGUUACUUUUACAAAUCAUCAAAUUAUCAAAUGGUAAGAUUCUCUUAGAUCUUGCUCGUCUUGACCUAAAAUACCUUCGAGAGUACAACUAUAAGAUCUUGGUUCCAGUUAUACAACAAUCAGAGAACAACCCUAAGGGCAUCGAGCCGAUCAAAUACUUGACCAUGAUCCUCAAUACUGCUGAUUACAUGAACAAUAAUAUUAAUGACUUGCAAGAUAAGUUCAAAAAGCUCAUCGACGAGAAGUACAAAGAACGAAUUGACUUCGAGUCCGCCAAGAACUUAUUCUAUGAUGUCAUAAAUAAGUCCGUUCAAGGACUUGUCCUGAAAGUUGCACAUGACUUGCAGUUCUCGUGGAGGCAGUUCGAAAAUAAUGGUUGGGAGGCAAUGGAAUCCGUCUCUGACACCUCAAAUUACAUGGAAGACAUCAUAAACACUAUGAAGGAUGACAACAGAGUCAUUUUGACGUUGAUUAUUAGAGAUAGUUAUGUCAGAUCAUAUUGUGAUAAGCUUAUCGAGAUGCUUGUACAUACUUUUGUUAACAAGCUCAAACUUAUCAAGCCAUUGAGCAUUGUGAAUAUUGAGCAAAUACUUGUCGAUGUCUCGAUACUCAAGAAUUAUAUGGCCAAAUUGCCACUAUAUUCAGAUCCGAAUUACGAUGAUUCCAAGCCGCCUGAAGAAUCCAAACUGGCUCCAAAGGCCUAUUUGAGAUACCUUGAUACCCAAUUUAAUAGGCUCACAACUUUGCUCAAGCUUCUACUUACACCUGUUCUUCCAGUGGAUAAUGUGAUUGGGAGCUAUUUCAACUUGAUUGGGGACAAGUCUCUCAAAAACUUCACUAAAUUCCUAGACUUGAAGAAUAUCAAUAAGGCAGAGCAAGGAAAGUACAUCGAGAACUUCAAGCUCCAGCUAACCAUUCCCAACGCUUUGCUGGACGAAUCUCCUAUUCUCAGCAUGCUUGAUGAUAUUUAUGAAGAGCAUCCUCAACCAAAGCACCCAUCUUCCCAAGCUUCACCUCAACAAUUCGAUAUAAAGGAAUUGAUCUCGAGCAGGUCUCCAGAACCUCACAUUCCAGAUAUCUUUAAAACGAAUCCUGCAAGACUCAAGAUCAACAAUCCGCUCAAGGACUUCUCCAUCAAUGGUGAGCAGCAUGUGAAUAAAAUUAACGAGAACUUCAGAAAUAUCGGAAAGUUCUUUAGAAAGGAUACUAGUCACGACUAUCAUUCUUAA